AUGAGAUGCAAGUGGAUGGAACUUGUACUACUCACUGCUACUGCAAGCAAGGCAAUGAUCAUAUCUAGGAAUGACCUUAGCUCUGGGGGACACUGGCCCAACCAGCCAUUUUGGUUCAACAACACGGGGGGAAACUCUGCCCAACAAAACCAACAACCUCAGCAAAAUCAACAAAACCAGACCAAUACGCCAUUUGGAUUUAGUGCUUACCAACAUUCACCAGUCAUGAAUGUGCAGAACCCACCCAUGGCUUGGCUGAAUGCAUAUGCAUUUGGGCCAUUUAGAUUCAUGCAGGCCCCUCCAAUGUUUUAUGGAGGAUUUGCCCCCAACAUACCAGCCAGGCCAAGUGAUGGCACUGUGCCCCCACCAAGUACUGGUAAGGAUAUUAGCAUGGGACUGUAUCUGGCCCUAACUUAUCAGGGAACAGCUGAGGAGAAACUACUGCAGGUCCCUCCAACAUUGGCAGCUCCUGAUCUCAACCAAUAG